GCGCGAAAGAAAACCAUCAUAUCACCCUUCCUUUCCUUCCUUCGAAAUCUCAAACACACAAAAUUCGCCGGUUUUUUAGGAGAUGCCGAAACCCUAGAAGAUUCAGACACAAAUUCAAUGGCUCUCCUUUCAUACUUCACCUCUAACAGGGACCGAGAAAAUGUUAGGAGCCGGAAGAUGAAUAAUGACGACGAUGACUACAAAGAUGCUGCAACAGGAACCCCUCUUUCUACGAUCGCACAGGCGUUUGAGGAAAUUUCAGAUUUGAUUAAAAAGGGUAACGAUAAAGGGAUUUCGGUUGAUUUGUAUUUGAAGCCGUUUUGUGAGGCCUGUUCUUUAGUAUCUGUCCUUUUUGGUUGCCUUGGCAUUGCUUUCAAAUUCGCUGAGAUGGAAUACACCGCCAAGGUGCGCGAUCUUCUUGAUGCAUCAAAGCACUUUGGCACUUUAAGUAGUGUAGUUGAUUUUGACUUACAAAAUAAUACAGUAAAAUCACCUGGGAGCCAUACUCGUAACCUUCGCAGAGUUAGACAGGGUCUAGAUCUCAUUAGAGAGUUGUUUCAGAAUUUUUUGUCAGCUGAGAACCAUUCAUUAAAAAAAGCGGCUACAACAGCAUAUCAACAAGUUUGUGCGCCAUACCACACAUGGGCGGUUAGAACUGCAGUUUCCGCUGGAAUGUGUACUCUUCCAACAAGGGAACAACUUUUGGUGAAUCUAAAUGAAACUGAUAAAUCAGCAGAGAAAGAAAUGAGGAGGUACAUAAAAGCUUCACUUGCAGUUAUAGAAAACAUUGAUACUCUUUACAUUUCCAGGGGCAUAAAAUUAGAUUGGUGAUCUUGUAUGAGGGAGUGGGUUUAGAUUAUAUUAUACAUACAAAUCUUGAAUGGCUUCCAUGUAAACAUUUAACCAUUGAUGGCAAUGCCUCCUUUCUCUUCUAACAUA